AUGGUUGAACCUGUGGGCAACCAUUAUGUUAUAGCCAGACCUGUAUACUCAGAGAAUGCAUUCCAUGAAGAGCAUGAGAAAUUGCACAGAUACCAUAAAACCUUUUGGGAUCACCUGAAACUCUAUUUUAGCUGCUCCUCACAAAGGGUCAAAAAAAUUGCUUUGGGUUUGUUUCCAGUUGUUACGUGGCUGCCAGCGUACCGCUUCAGGGAGUGGAUCCUGAGUGACAUCGUCUCUGGCAUCAACACAGGACUUGUGGCUGUGCUGCAAGGUCUGGCCUUUGCUUUGCUGGUGAAUGUUCCCCCCAGUUAUGGACUCUAUUCAGCGUUCUUCCCUGUCCUGGUCUAUUUUAUCUUUGGCACAUCGAGACAUAUCUCAGUGGGUCCCUUCCCCGUCCUGAGCCUCAUGGUGGGAGGAGUUGUCACCAGGCUGGUCCCCGAUAACAGCACUGGAAAUAGCAAUUCCACAAAUACCUCAGCAAUAGAUAAUGAGAGAGUGAUGGUGGCUGCAUCUGUAACCUUCCUUUCUGGGGUUAUUCAGUUGCUUCUGGGAAUUUUCCAGUUUGGAUUCAUCGUUAUUUAUCUAUCACAAUCAUUAAUCAGUGGUUUCACGACUGCUGCAGCUGUCCAUGUUUUGGUGUCUCAACUGAAAUUCAUGUUUCAGCUACCUGUCCCUGGAUUUAAUAAACCCUUUGGCAUCAUCUAUACUCUGGAGAGCGUUUUCAGCCAGAUCACAAAUACAAACAUUGCUGACCUUGUCACAUCACUGAUUGUCUUGCUUAUCGUGUUUGUGGUAAAAGAAAUAAACGAUCGAUACAAGGAAAAGUUACCAACUCCUAUCCCGAUCGAACUCCUUGUGACAGUCUUAGCAGCACUGAUUUCCUAUUUUGUCAACUUUGAAGAAAAAUUCAAAGUAGCUGUUGUUGGAAAACUAGAGGAAGGGUUUCAUGCACCUGUUGCACCUGAUGCAGGCAUCCUCCAGAAGUGCAUUGGUGAUGGCUUUUCCAUCGCAAUCGUUGGGUUUGCAGUAGCCUUCUCCGUGGCCAAAGUGUAUUCCAUCAAACAUGACUACCCAAUAGAUGGCAACCAGGAUCUAAUUGCUUUUGGGCUGGGUAAUAUAGUUGGUGGAUCAUUCAAGGGAUUUGCCUCCAGCACUGCUCUGUCAAGAUCAGGUGUGCAGGAGAGCACAGGAGGCAAAACACAGAUUGCUGGCAUUAUCUCAUCUAUCAUUGUUUUGAUUGUGAUCUUGGCCAUUGGGUUUCUCCUGGCACCGUUACAGAAGUCAGUCCUUGCAUCUUUGGCCCUUGGCAAUUUGAAAGGAAUGCUCAUGCAGUUCAGGGAAGUACGCAUCCUCUGGAGAAAGGACAAGUAUGACUGUGUUAUAUGGGUGGUGACUUUCAUAGCUGCAGUCCUUCUUGGCCUGGACAUUGGACUAGCAACAGCUGUGGCAUUCCAGCUGCUGACAGUGGUGAUCCGCUCCCAGUUUCCAAGCUGCACUGUUUUGGCCAAUGUUGGGAGAAGCAACAUCUACAGAAACAGGAAGGAUUACACUGAUAUCUAUGAGCCAGAGGGAGUUAAGAUUUUCAAAUGCUCCUCUCCAAUCUUCUUUGCUAAUGUUGAAUUCUUCAGAGAGAAGCUCAUCACUGCUGUUGGCUUCAACCCUCUGAGAGUCCUGAGGAAACGCAAUAAAGCUCUGAGGAAGAUUAGGAAGAUGCUGAAGAAAGGAGAGCUGCAAGUGACACCGAAAGGCUUGAUUUGCACGACUAGCCCUACUUAUGAGUCAGAUGAAGAGUUAGACAACAACAGGAUAGAGGAGCUGGACCAGCCCACCAUCAUGACAGACUUGCCCAUUCAGAUUAACUGGGCCAACCUCCCCCCAGGCAUCACUGUGCCCCAGGUCAACCUCCACAGCAUCAUUCUGGAUUUCUCAUCAGUGUCCUUCCUCGAUUUUUCUGCCAUGACGGUCCUCCGAAAGAUUUUGAAAGAAUUUGUCCGACUCGACAUUGACAUUUACAUUACUGGGGCAUAUGAGGGUCUCCUGGACAAACUGGAGAGAAGUGCAUUUUUUGAUGAAGAGAUUAAGCCAUCCAUGUUUUUCCUCACCAUUCAUGAUGCGGUUUUACACAUUUUGCUGAAGAAGGACAUAGCCAGCUCCCCCAAAUUAAAGCUUGCUGAGGUAAUACUACAGUCUUCAUCUUUCAUUGCUUUAGUGCCUUUCCAGUAUUGCCAGGCACUCAGCAGUGCCCUGCACAGCCAUAGCUGUGUGUGCUACACUAUCUCUAUUUUCAAAAAGAUAGUCAUUAAAAAUCCUCUGGUGUCCAAACAAAUUCAAGAGCAAGAGUGGCUCCACCAGCAGUCCUCUGUGUUCACCCAUCCAGCAGAGACUGCUCAAUUUGCUGCAGUGGCUCUUGAAAGGCAGACUUUAUGCUGCUUGCAUUUAGGCUUUCCAGCCUGGUCUGUCUUCAGAAGGAGUGCUAAAGUGUGGAUAAAUUAGUACUGCCAGAUUUGGUGAUGGCCUAUCUAGGAGUGUUCUUAAACCAAGAGCAAGAAAGGAUCCUGGAUACAAUAAAUGUAUUUAAAUGUACCAGACCCAG